CCAAAAUUAGAAGCAGAAAGCAGGAAGGGACCGGAAGCCGGAAGGACAUACUCGUAAAAAAUCAUACAAAGCAAUAUAUUUUACAAAACCUAUAGUUUUCAAACAGAUAUCGUUGAGUUCUUUUAGCAAAAUUUAUUAGCAGUAAGUUACUAAUAUAUUUUAUAACAUAUUUCAACUAUGUUAAAUGCAAUGGAAAAUUUUAAUGUUUCUGCCAGACAUCACUAAUCAUGGAUCGUCAUAAAAUGUUUAUUCUUCAUAAACAGUGUUAACUGUGCAAUAUUAAGUUUGUACGUAACUUUUCAAAAUUUGGACCAAGGGUCAUUGCCAAAGAACUAAAAAUUUGAUUGCUACUACUUUUAAGCCAUGAAUGGUCCUGCGAUAAAAAGAUAUAAUACUAACGAAAUUAUAAGCACUAUUGUCAUAGAUUCAGAUGAUGAUGAUGAUUUUCCAAAGCGUAAAAGUGAUAUACCUGAAGGACCUAAAAAUAAGAAAUUAAAAAAAAAUCCAGUUGCGAGACCUAGUAAUAUUUUUAAUGUAACUGGAAGUAAUGCUAGAAAUGAUCAACGUCCAACAGGACCUAGAAUUUCUUCUAUUGUGACAGGAAAUAAUGCAAGAAAUGAUAAGUGUCCAUCUACAAGACCUAGUAUUAAUCCUCUUGCAACUGUAAAUACUGCAAAAAAUGAUAAGUAUCCACCUACAAGACCUGGUACUGCUGAUAUUGUAACAGGAAAUAGUACAAGAAAUGAACAAAAUCCGCAUACAAUAUCUAGUAUCCCUCCUCUUGCAGUUCUAAAUAAUGCAAGAAAUAAUCGAUAUCUACCUACCCGACUUACUGUUGCUGAUAUUGUAAAUGGAUAUAUUCCAAAAAAUAAUCAACAUACACCUACAAAAUCUAGUAUUCCUCCUCUUGUAUUUCGAAAUAAUGCAAGGAAUAUAAUUUCUGAUGCCACAACUGGAAAUAUUGAAAGAAAUGAUCAACAUCUUUUUACAAAAUCUAGUAUUCCUCCUCUUGUAAUUAUAAAUGAUGCAAGAAAUGAUCAGUAUCCACCUACAAGACCUAACAUUGAUCCUCUCAUAACUGCAAAUAAUGAGAAAAAUAAUAAACAUCCUCUUACAAGGCCUAGUACCGAUCCUCUUAUAACUGGACAUAAUGCAAGAAAUAAUCAAUAUACACCUACAAGACCUAGUAUUGAUCCUCUAAUGACUGGAAAUAAUGAAAGAAAUAAUAAACAUCCACUUACAAGACCUAGUAUUGAUUCUCUAAUGAUUGGAAAUAAUAAAAAAUCACCUACAAGACCUAGUAUUGAUCCUCUUAUAACUGGACAUAAUGCAAGAAAUAAUCAAUAUACACCUACAAGACCUAGUAUUGAUCCUCUAAUGAUUGGAAAUAAUGAAAGAAAUAAUAAAAAUCCACCUACAAGACCUAGUAUUGAUUCUCUAAUGAUUGGAAAUAAUGAAAGAAAAAAUAAAAAUCCACCUACAAGACCUAGUAUUGAUCCUCUAAUGAUUGGAAAUAAUGAAAGAAAUAAUAAACAUCCACCUACAAGACUUAGUAUUGACCCUGUAAUGAUUGGAAAUAAUGAAAGAAAUAAUAAACAUCCACCUACAAGAUCUAGUAUUGAUCCUCUACUGACUGGAACUAAUGAAAGAAAUAAUAAACAUCCACCUACAAGACCUAGUAUUGAUCCUCUUAUAAAUGGACAUAAUGCAAGAAAUAAUCAAUAUACACCUACAAGACCUAGUAUUGAUCCUCUAAUGACUGGAAAUAAUGAAAGAAAUAAACAUUCACCUACAAGACCUAGUAUUGAUCCUCUAAUAAUUGGAAAUAAUGAAAGAAAUAAUAAAAAUUCAUCUACAAGACCUAGUAUUGAUCCUCUUAUAACUGGACAUAAUGCAAGAAAUAAUCAAUAUUCACCUACAAAACCUAGUAUUGAUCCUCUAAUGAUUGGAAAUAAUGAAAUAAAUAAUAUACAUCCACCUACAAUAUCUAGUAUUGAUCCUCUUAUAACUGGACAUGAUGCAAGAAAUGCUCAAUGUCCACCUACAAGACCAAAUUUCACUGCUAUUAUAACUAAAACUAUAUCAAGAAAUGACCUCAAAAAUCAGCCUCCACCUACAAGACCUAGUAACACUUCUGUUGUAAAUAGAAGUAUGGCAAAAGAUGAAAAACCUCUACCUACAAUACCUAGUAAUGACCCUACUCUAAAUGAAAAUAUUUUGAGAGAUGAGAAAUUCGUUCAUAUAUCCAAUUUAAGUCAAUAUGAAAAAAUUUUUGACAAAAAAAGAUAUUACUUUGUGUCUGUUGACACAUUUACAGAUCCAUUGUACCAAAUAGGGCCAGAUAUCAAUACUUCAUCGAUACAAUCUCAUGAUCCUUUAGCUUCCAAUGACAUUCAAGGAUUCGAGCAAUCUGUAAAAUACCAGUCAAUUGAAUAUAGGAAAAUAAAUCAAACAUUAAUACAACCUAACAAUACUCUGGUGAAAAAUGAUAAUAAUAUGUUACGAGGAUUCUCUGAGUCUGAACAAAACAAGACAGCUGAAUGCAGGAAAAAGUAUAGUGCCAUAGUUCACCGAUACCAUAAUGUUAUACAUAGCAAUUAUUUUGACCUUCUUAUGUUGCAACAGAAAAUAAAAAUUGCUAAACGAAAAAAGAAACAAAGUUUGGAGAAUUCCAAAAAUUCCCAGUACGACAGUGAUCUGUUGAUAAUGAAAAAGGUCGAAUUUCUGAAGUCGGGACUUGAAAAAAGAGGGCGGGGUCGACCGAAAUCGAAAAAGAAUGUGCGAACUAGUUUCACGCACAUAAAAAGAGGAAAAAAACCUUCAGAUAAUCCUGACUCCUAUGAAGAUGACUCGAACUUUACUGUACUAUAUAACAAUGUACCAUAUAAAAUUAAUCCGUCAUACGUCGAUAUGAAUAUAAAUAACGCCAUGUUAAAUAAACCAAAUCUAACUAAGGAAUCAGGAGAUAAAAAAAUAAAAUCAGCCAAAGUUAUAACAGACUUCGAAGAAUUCAAACGAAAAAUAACGGCAACCAGACCGUUUUUAAUUCUGAACGAGGAAAGUAAGGUUAAUGUAGAGACUGCAGAGGAUUUUAAUAUUAUUUUUCCGUUAAGUAAGAAUACAGAGACUGUAGAUAUAAACUUUAGGAAUCGAGCUAUUCGUAAGUUAGCAUUGAGGGGACAGGUUAUGUUUGUUUUGUCAAGAAUACUUUGUAGCUAUUUGUUACAAGUGUAAUGUACCUAUAGAUGGAAAGGAUUACUAAAUAUGAAUAGGGUUCUUAUGUAUUAUUUCUGCAAAACUAUUUUAUAUUUUGUUGAUUAUGAUUACUUAAUUAUUUUGUUAUUCUUAUUUUUUACAGACCCUAAGACUUUUACAUUAGUAGUUUUUUUUGAUAUAUGGAAUAUAUAUUGAACUCAUAUCUUUUAUAUAGUAUUGUAAGUUGGAAAUAAUGAUUUUCGUUUUACAACUCACUUGAAGAUAGUCUUGUAUAUUCGAAAAAAUAUUUGGUUGUAAAUAAUACAAAAGAAAUACAUUUGUUAUAUAGAUUCACAACUUUUAAUAUUGUAAACUUACAAUACAUAUAUGUAUAUUGAUAGAAUCUCUUCUUAUUUUUGUAAAAUACAAGUUAUUUAAAAAUGUUUAAUUCAUUUUGUAUCAGUUGUUAUCUUUUAUCUAUAUGACAUAACUAUAAUUCAUAUUUUACAGAACGUCUUUUUUAAACUGUCUGUCUCGAAUUUUUAUCUUGUCCCAAAUUUUACAAAAUAAACCAAUACUAAUACUUUUAAAUAAAUUACUUAGAUGGUAGCCCAUUUUUAUGAGUAUUUACAUUUUAUAUUCUGCAAAUAUGAAUUACAGUUAGCCACUGUAUAUUGAACAAAUAAAUAAUAUAUUAGCAAAAUACUCUUUAAAUUUGUUUUUACAUUACAGGAGAUAAUUUGAAGAAAAUACUAUUGUAUAAUGGAUAGGUCAUUCUAAAUUAGUGAUCUGUAUUUUAGUGAGUAAGAUAGAGAUAUAAUCUAACUUAAGUAAUAACCAAUUGAUAGACAGGGAUACAAGGAAAUGCAGCAUUGCGGUUCCUAUCUGGGGUAUGCAUAAUUAAAGGUAAACUAUAGUUAGAAAUAAUCACGAUCACCAAUAGAAAAUGUACAAUAUAAUUA